AUGGCGACCCCGGGGAUGAGCUGGCAGCAGCAGCACGGCUACGGCGGCGGAUCCGCGCCCGGAGCGGGGAAAUUCGGCUCCGGCUCUGCCCCGCCGGGACUAGGAGCCGAGCACAGCCCGGACCUGCACUUCAAAAUGAGCAAGAAGAUCGCCCAGCUCACCAAGGUAAUAUAUGCUUUGAACACUAAAAAUGAUGAACAUGAAGCUGCUAUCCAAGCCCUUAAGGAUGCCCAUGAAGAAGAAAUUCAACAAAUUCUUGCAGAGACAAGGGAGAAGAUCUUGCAGUAUAAAAGUAAAGUUGCAGAAGAAAUGGAUCUUAAGAGAAAGAUCCAGGUUUUGGAGGAGUCACUGGAGGAUCAUAAAAAAAUGAAACAUCAGGCCUUGACUGAAUUUGAAGCGUAUAAGGAUAGAGUGGAAGACAUGCAGCUCUGUGCAGAAGCCCAGCAUGUCCAACGUGUAGUGACCAUGUCAAGAGAAGUAGAAGAGAUCAGGAAGAAGUUUGAGGAAAGGCUACGAAGUUUCAUACAGUUGCAAGUGCAAUAUGAAAAGGACAAGCGUUCAGCUCUGGAAGACUUGAGAGCUGCACAUAGGCUUGAGAUUCAAGAACUUCUGAAGACUCAACAGAAUCAGAAUGCAACCUUGAGUAAAGGGCAAGAAAAGCUAGAGGAACUGCACAGGCUGGAACUUGAAGACUUGAAUAAUAAAGUUGAGGAAUUGAGACUGGAAAGAAAAAAACUCAUUGAGGACUAUGAAGGUAAACUCAGCAAAGCACAGUCCUUCUAUGAACACGAACUUGAUUCAUUGAAAAGAUCCCAGCUUUUUACAGCUGAAAGUCUGCAUGCUUGCAAAGAAAAAGAGGUGGAGCUAAGGAAAGAGUUUCAAAAUCAAGAAAGUAUUUUACGGAAGAAUCUGGGAAAACUUAAAACUGAAUUGCAAAUGGUCCAGGAUGAAGCUGCCAGUCUUCGGGAAAAAUGCCAAAAACUUCAGGUGGCUCUUAGUACAGCAGAAAACAAUGUUCAGGUUCUUCAAAAACAGCUAGAUGACGUGAAGGAGGAAGAGAUGUCAUUGCUAAGCAAACAUAAAGAAGUGGAAAGUGAGCUAGCAGCUGCCAGAGAGCGCUUACAACAGCAGGCCACUGAUCUUGUUCUCAAAGCCAGUCACAUUGGAACGCUUCAAGCUACCCAGAUGACACAAGAAGUUACAAUCAGAGAUUUGGAAUCAGAAAAGUCUAGAUUAAAAGAAAAACUAUCCCAACUGGAAGAGGAAAGAAACUUAUUACAAAGCAAAACACAGAGUCUGGAUGAGCGACAAAGGCAGCAGAUUCUGGCCUUGGAGAAGAAAGUAAAUGAAGCAAGGGAGACGCAGCGUGAAUAUUAUGAGAAGGAGUUGGUAAAACUGCAAGCAAGGUUAGAAGGAGAGGCUGCACAGUUGAAAGAGGCUCAUUCAAAAACAUUAGAAGAAUUGGCGUGGAAACACCAUACUGCAAUCGAGGCUGCACACAGCAACGCUAAUAAGGAUAAGAAAAAACUGCAGAUGGAGUUAGAGCAGCAGUUUGAGAAGGAGAAACUGCAUUUGGAGGAUGACAAGAAUCAGCUUCGACAGCAGCUGGAAAACCUGAGGGAAGAACUGACAACGAAACUGACUUCUGCCAAUCAGGAGGUGUGUCGUCUGCAAGAUCUUGUACGAAAAAGUGAACAAGGCCUUGGUACUGCAGAAGGACAUAUCUCCAGUCUUCAAGAAGCUCAGGAAAUACUACAGAAAGAGCUAGAGUUAACUAGGGCAAGACUGCGAGAGACCACAGAUUCUCUAUAUAAUAUUGAGGGAGAACUAGACCAGGAGAGACAACAGCAUGAGAUAAUGAUUGCUGCCAUGAGAGAAGAAGAAAAGUUCAAAGUUGACAGAAUGGCUCGUGACUUGGAAAUCAAAUGGACAGAAAAUCUUCGACAGGAAUGUAAUAAGCUUCGUGAAGAGCUGAGACUUCAGCAUGAAGAAGAUAAGAAGGCAGCUAUGACUCAACUAUUGCAGCUUAAAGAACGUGAAAAAAAUGCAGCCAGGGAUGGAUGGCAAAAAAAAGUUGAAGAUCUUCUAGACCAGAUCUCCUUGCUCAAGCAGAAUCUGGAGAUGCAGCUUUCCCAGUCACAGAGCUCUUUACAACAGCUGCAAGCCCAGUUCAGUCAGGAGCGUCAGAGGCUGACUCAGGAGAUCCAGGAAUUAGAAGAAGAGCAUCAGCAAAGGCAUAAGUCACUUCAGGAAGCUCACAUCCUUGCUUUUCAAAAUAUGGAAGAAACAAAAGAGCAAGAACAAAAGGAAUUAGAAGAACGUUUACAACAAAAGCAUUCAGAAGAACUUCAGGCACUGAAAGAAACACACAAACAAGCCAUGGAAGGUUUCAAAUUGGAGAUGGAACAGGAACUUCAGACUCUGCGAUUUGAGCUGGAGGAUGAAGGAAAAGCUAUGUUAGCUUCCUUGCGCUCAGAGCUAAAUCACCAACAUGCGGCAGCAAUUGACCAACUGAGGCACAACCAUCAGCAAGAACUGGUAGCUGCUAAAAUGGAACUUGAAAGAAGCAUAGAACUUGGCAGACGACAGGAGAAAGAAUUUUUAUGCCGAAUAUCAGAUCUACAAGAUGAACUGAGACAUCGAGACCAUCAUAUAGCUGAACUGGACAAAGAGAUUCUGCAUCUUCAUGACAAUAUAAGUGCAUUGACCAAGGAACUAGAGUUUAAAGGAAAAGAAGUCCUCAGAAUACGCAGUGAAUCUAACCAACAGAUCAGGAUGCAUGAGCAAGAUUUAAGCAAGAAACAUGAGAAAGAGCUGGAUGUCUUGACAGCAGAUCACAUCAGAGAGAAACAAAGCAUGCUGGCAGAUUUUAAUAAGACCCAAGAGCUGCUCAAGGAAAUUAAUUCAGCUUUACAAGUUUCUUUAGAAGAAAUGGAAGAAAAAUAUAAAAACAGAGAAUCAAGACCAGAAGACUUGCAGCUUAUCUCAGAACUGAAAGACCUAAUUGCAGAACGGGACCAACUCAUAAAGAAAUUGAUCGAGGACAAAAAGUUCUAUCAGCUGGAGCUAGUUAACAGGGAGACUAACUACAACAAAGUGUUUAAUGCAAGCCCUAAUGUUGGUGUUAUUAAUCCAUUGGUGAAGCAAAAGAAGAAGAACGAUAAGUCAACAAACAGGUUUGUGAGUGUCCCCAAUCUAAGUGCUCUGGAAUCUAGCGGAGUGGGCAAUGGACAUCCUAACCGCCUGGACCCCAUUCCUAACUCACCCAUCCACGAUAUUGAGUUCAACAGCAGCAAACCACUGCCACAGCCAAUACCACCCAAAGAGCCCAAGACGUUUUUGAGCCCUCCUCAGACUGAUGCUUCACCAGUGGCUUCACCAGAUCCACAGCGCCAGGAGUGGCUCGCCCGAUACUUCACAUUCUGAGAGAUGAUUUGUUUUUGUGGCACAGCGUGAUGUGGACUGUUUAUAAGAGCAUGACCUUAAGUAAACCCUCAUGUGAACAAGCUUUCCUGUAAUUUGUCAAACACUGUGAAUGAGAAAAUAUUUGUCUUUCUGAUUUGAAAAUGCACUGUAUUUCAUGUGAUAUUUGUUGAAAUCACUUGACAUGGUAUUAUAUAAUGUGUGUAAUUAUUAUUUUUACUUAAGAUGGAAGGAUCUUUAAACUUUGUAAUUACUACAUAAUAAAUUUUGGUAGAACAAACGUAAUGCUUUCCCCCUUUUUCCUAUAAAUGUGUUUUCUUUUAGGUAAGGCUUCCUCCCAAAAAAAUCGCAUGGUUGUUAUAAAUACAAUGUAAUUUGUGAAAGGAAAAAUUCUCUCCAAUUUGGACAGAGUAUGUCUAAUCCAUCCCAGUUCUAUUCUGUUACUUUGUAGCAUUUUAAAAACUGUCCCCUUUCUAACAUUUAAAAGGAAGAAUAUAAAUUCUGUGGAAAUCAGUGUAGAUGCUCAGAGUAAGAAGGCCAUAAAAAAGAAGCUGGAAUUUUUUGACUGGGACAGAUUUUUGACACUUUAACCGAUGCCCAUGAGACUUUACCUUCUAGUUAUUAUCUAACAUCUUGUCAUCGGAUUGAAACAGCAACUGUUCACACAAAUUGUGCAUUUAUGUUAUGAAUAUUAACAAAGACAUGCGUAAAACCUGUGGAAUACCAUACUACAUAUCUCUGCAUAAAUCAAAAGUCUACGUUUGGGGCAUAAAGUCUUGCUUUAGAUAAAAUUCAUGUCUGAAAUGGUAAAUAAUCAAACUCAAAAAACUUUUUGCCAUUUAUACGCACUAGAGAUACAGAUCUUUAAAAAUUAAUUACCUUCAGUUGUCUGUAUUAAGAGUUUUAAUGUCUA